AUGCUACUCCUGCUCGUAGCCGCCUUCCUGCAACAGCUUGUGACUUCUGACUGCACCUCCAUUGAGGGGGUCGUUGUGCCGCCGCUGAAUGCAUCUCCUGACUGGGUCAUUCAUACCAGGGUUCGCGUGGAUGGUCAGAAGUAUAUUGGAUUUGUCAAAACGGACGGCAGUUUCGUCGUCUCCGAUGUACCGUCUGGAUCGUAUCUUGUGGAAAUAACGAACCCCGUCUAUCUUUUCCAAACAAAUGUGGUCAAAUCAGUGCCCUAUCCCCUGCGUAUCACAUCUGUUGGGAAGGCUGCAUUUUUUCAGGUGCGUCUUUGA